GUGUGUGUGUGUGUGUGUGUGUGUGUGUGUGUGUGUGAUUCACUUGUUGUUUAGCCUCACAGCUUGGGGAUAGGAGCUAUCAUUGAACCUGGUGGUCAGUCUUUAGGCUGCUGUACAGCUUGACGGACCGUAGAGAAUUGAACAUUUAUCCUCCUAUAUUUGGGGUUCUGAGAAUAAAACAGCUUCACAACAAUCAAUGUAGAAAUAUGUGUUUACAGUACUACACAUCUGUUCAAUAAGUGGUUGUUGUUGAUGAUGAUGAUGUAUGUUGUAUUUCACCAGCUGGUGAGUUGUUGUUUAUGUUUCUAAGACUGCAGGGUGGGAGAUGCAACAAUGGCCUUGAGAACAGCAGGAAGUGUGUUGGUGGUCUUUCUCUGGUCUGUGGCAGUGGUACUGGGUCAGGAUGGCUGGAGUGUAACUUACACCCCUCAGAGAAUCUGUGCCUUGAGGGGGUCAACAGUUGAUCUGAGCUGCUCUUACACAUAUCCCAGUGGUACAGUCACAAAAACCCGCUGGUUCACUGAAUGGGGGACUGGUGUAGAACCUAAAUAUCUAGGACAGGAUCCAGAAAAUGCAGGUCAUGUGAAGUAUCGUGGGGAUAAGGAGAAAGACUGUACCCUGAGAAUAACAGACCUGAGAGAGAGAGACUCAGCUACGUACAGGUUCAGAUUACAAACAGAUCAGGAAGGAGGGACAUAUACUGGCCAACUUGGAGUGACUUUGUCUGUCACAGGUCUUCAGGUGAAGGUGACUGGUGGACAUCAGGAUAAGACACUGACCUGUAGCACCACCUGUACUCUGACUGACAACCCCAUCCCCAACUGCAUCUGGUACAAGAACGGAAAACAUCUAGAUGAGAGCACCUCCCCCCAGUACAAAAACUUAGUCUCCAGCAACUACAUUGAUGGUUAUUCCUGUGCUGUAAAAGGCCAUGAGGAUCUCCACUCUCCUGCAGUCUGUGUUCAGGGUCAGAGCUGCAACAGAGUGACUUACACCAAGAGGAGAAUCUGUGUCUUGGAGGGGUCAACAGUGGACAUAUCCUGUACUUAUGUUGGUUAUUAUACAGUCAAAUCAUCACUUUGGUUUAGUCCUAAACGAAGUACUAGUUGGACUAAUAAGUUGACACCUGAGGACCUAACCAGAGACCCAGGGUAUGCAGGUCGUGUGCAGUACACUGGAAGAGAGACUGGAACAUAUGAAGGUCCCUCCUCCCUGAGAAUCACAGAUCUGAGAGAGGAGGACUCAGCUGAGUAUCGCUUCACUUUUAAAACAGACAACUUUGAAUGGGGUCAUAGUUUCCCUGGAACAACUCUGUCUGUCACAGGUCUGCAGGUGAAGGUGACUCCUGCUGCAGAGGGACAGAAGACACUGACCUGUAUCACCACCUGUACUCUGACUGACAACCCCACCUACAUCUGGUACAAGAACGGACAACGUCUAGAUGAGCCCACUUCCCUGCAAUACUCUGUCAAUAGUUAUUAUUCAGACAGUUACUCCUGUGCUGUAAAAGAAGUAUCCUGGUUCAACAAAUGGAAGUCUGGAGUAACUAAAGACCUGAUCCAGGACUCAGAGUAUGCAAGUCGUGUGGAAUACCAUCGACAAACAGAAAAGGACUCCACCCUGAGAAUCACAGACCUGAGAGAGAGUGAUUCAACUGAGUACAAGUUCAGAUUUACAACUGAUGAGGCAAGAUGGGGGUACAGCAUCCCUGGAACCACUCUGACUGUCACAGGUUUUCAGGUGAAGGUGACUCCUGAACAGUAUUCAGAGUAUAAGACACUGACCUGUAUCACCACCUGUACUCUGAGUAACCCCAACCCCAUCUAUAUAUGGUACAAGAACGGACAACAUCUAGAGGAAAGCAACUCCACCCAGUACAAAGACCCAGUCUCCAGUAACAGUAAAGACAGCUACUCCUGUGCUGUAAAAGGCCAUGAGGAUCUCCACUCUCCUGCAGUUUGUGUUCAUGACCCAGGGUAUGCAGGUCGUGUGGAGUACACUGGAACAUACAAAGGUCCCUUCACCCUGAGAAUCUCAGAUCUGAGAGAGGAGGACUCAGCUGAGUAUCGCUUCACUUUUAAAACUCACAACUUUGAAUGGGGUCAUAGUUUCCCAGGAACAACUCUGUCUGUCACAGGUCUGCUGGUGAAGGUGACUCCUACUGCAGAGGGACAGAAGACACUGACCUGUAGCACCACCUGUACUCUGACUGACAACCCCACCUACAUUUGGUACAAGAACGGAAAACGUCUUGAUGAGCCCACUUCCCAACAAUACUCUAAUGCUCCAAAGAACACCUCAGUGUCAGUCAGUCCCUCUGGUGAAAUAGUGGAGGGCAGUUCAGUGACUCUAAACUGCAGCAGUGAUGCCAACCCACCUGUGGAUAAAUACACCUGGUACAAGAAGAAUGGAGCUUCACUGACAGGAUCUGAAAACACCUUCCUCAUCACCAACAUCAGCUCGGAGGACAGAGGAGAAUACUACUGUGAGGCUGAGAGCAUAUAUGGGAGUCUCAACUCUUCUUCUGUGUCUGUGGACAUUCAGUAUGGCCCAAAGAACACCUCAGUGUCAGUCAGUCCCUCUGGUGAAAUAGUGGAGGGCAGUUCAGUGACUCUGACCUGCAGCAGUGAUGCCAACCCACCUGUGCACAAAUACACCUGGUACAAGAAGAACGUAGCCUCACCAAAAGCAUCAGGACAGAGUUACAGCAUCACUAACAUCAGCUCUGAGGACAGAGGAGAAUACUACUGUGAGGCUGAGAAUACAAUAGCAUCUAAGAACUCUACAGCUCUGAAGAUCAUCGUAGCAGGGAAACAGACCUCAGUUCUGACUGCAGCUGUAGGAAUCAUAGUGGUUGUUCUGGUUCUCAUCCUCUGUUUCUCUGGACUCAUGUGGUUCAGGAAGAAAGCCUCCAAAUCCACCUCUGACCCAAAAGUCACAGCAGAUGAUGGACAGGGAGACGCUAGUCCAGUGUAUGACAGCAUCUCAGGCAUGGUCAUGAUCCCUACUGCAGCACAGACAGCAGCCACAGACGACCAGGAUGAUGUUCACUACGCCAGCGUCCACUUCUCUCGUUCCAAAAACCAGGAAGUGCCUCUAUGCUCCACCGUCCAAGUGCCUGUCCUGUACGCUGCUCUGAAAUUCAACCUCCCAGUGCUGCCACCCGCAGCACCAGCAGCUGAGGAGGACUCCUCUGUUCUCUACAGUACAGUCAACAAACCCUGAACCAAGAAGACCCGAACACAACAAACCCAGAACCAAGAAGACCUGAACGCAACAAACCCAGAACCAAGAAGACCUGAACGCAACAAACCCAGAUUCAAGAAGACCUGAACGCAACAAACCCAGAUUCAAGAAGACCUGAACACAACAAACCCAGAACCAAGAAGACCUGAAUGCAACAAACCCAGAACCAAGAAGACCUGAACACAACAAACCCAGAACCAAGAAGACCCAAACACAACAAACCAAGAAGACCUGAACGCAACAAACCCAGAACC